AUGACCCCUAUAGACCCUACUCUUUGCGAGUCAAUUACACAAUCAAGAAAAUAUUUGGACGUUCCGCUGGAACAGCUCUCCUCUAGUGUAUAUGGUUCGGAAAACCAAAUUCAUUAUUCCUAUCCAUGGUUUUUCGGAGAAAAGUGCACAGUCACUACAAACGUAUAUUUCGAAAAAGGAACAGUUGCAACUUUUGAUGGCAAUCAUUUAAUAGGCCAAUUUGGGAGCAUGGCACAUUGUAACAUUACAAAAAGCCAAUGUAACCUCACGCAUGGUACCGUUAUUUGGACACCACCACCUACUACUUCAAUAUGCCGUUACGUAAAAGCCACUGAGGGAGUUGCCUAUGUAACCCCUACUCAUAUAGUACUUAAUAACAUCCAAUCGGCUUUUACUUAUAAAAAUGUAACAUUCUCACAUUCACAACUUAACGCAUGGUGUUUGAAUAAUUCUGCAAUCCCAAUGGAUAAUGGUGUAUUCAUCGUUUUGCCAGAAAUAGAGGAUUAUCAUCCUAUCAUCUUAUUUUCACAAUACCCCGAAGUAGUGGAUGGUAUUAAUCGUAAACACUUUUACAAUUCGCAACUUUUGAAUCUAGUAACAACCGUUCCUCAGCCUACUCAAAAUCAAUAUGGUACUGACGAUACUUUACUAAAAACAGCAAAAUCUAGCGCGCAGUCACAAAACGAUCAAUACAAGCUCCCCACGGACGAACCAGCCAUAAAGGAACCACAUUUUACCGUUCCCUUGAUUUACAGGCUCAUACGUAAUAUGAACAAAAGAUCUGUGGACAACUUAAGCCACUCUUCAAACAUUCCAUUUUCACGAAAGAAAAGAUUAGCAACUAUGACAUCAGGCAAUCAUAAAUCUUUAAACUCUUUAUUAACUGGGACUAAAGACUCGAUUUUAAAUGAUGAUCAAAAUCCUACUCAUAAAUCCACUUCCGAUAGUGUUACGACAAGAGCUCGCCACUCCAUAGAAUCCAGCUUUCACGAUUAUGUCGAUCGACAGAAAACUCGGUUGAAUAUCGCAUUUCAUUCAGAACCCGAUUUUGCAACUAUAAAUAAUGAUCAGACCAUAGGCCACGAACAGCGCCAAGAUAAUCGUCACGCGGAACCUAAUACAAAACAGCCGAAGUUGUUUGAAAAUUUAAAUAUUAUCAAUUUUCUUGAUGAUUUAGGACAAUUUGUGAGCGCUCAUGAAUUCAAUGCGGAGCAGGUGCAUAAGGGGGAAGGAAGGGGCUCGAAGAUCGCAGGGUCCGGAACAACUGCAGCGCGAAUACUUUUGAAUCGAGAAGACAUAUUCGCUCUUUCUGCAGGAGACGUAUUAAUGGUCUCCAAAUGCAAAGAAAUCGUUGUACACGUGAUUUCGUUAAGUCUAGCCCACGAGCUGACUGCGGACAUUAACCAUUUGGCAUUUACAAUGAUGGAAACAAGUCAUUCUGUACACAAGAAGAAUUUUAUUUUCAAUUCCCCUCCAAUUUUUCAUUCGGAUCUUGCUAAGAUUUCAACUGAUCUAUACCUUAUCAAAAACCAUCUCAACUCGAUGAACAACUUAUUAGUACACUGUCCAGUCAAAAUCGGUAAGGAAAGAGUUACCAAUGUCAGACCAGUUCGGACAGGAACUAACGGACACAGCAGCAUUUCUGGAAUCCAACGCAGGAGAGUUUCUACAAUCUCAAAAGGAAAAAGUUCUCGAAUCCUUGGGCUUGCACAAUCUGGUCAGAACGAUUGUCAUCGUGUCUAUUUGUCUCUUUCUUCUAGUAGCUAUCGCAAUUUUAUAUUGCCAAACUACUUUGUUUCGGAUACCGUUGAACCUACUCUUUCGAGCCAUAGUGGACCAGUAAGCGUGUCCAUUCAGCUUCCUGCUUGUAUCAAUCUUCCAGCUGCUCCCCUGCCAAUGAUUAACCUUCCUGCUGCUCCCUUACCGAUGAUCAAUUUACCAGCAGCUCCAGAUCCAAUAAUCAACCCACCGUCCGCUCCAGUUGCGACAUUUCAUCAACAAUCGGCUUCACAACCACCUAUAAUUCGCAUACCGAAAGCACCACCUGCAUCACAAGCGACUAAACAACAAUUUUCAAAUCUUUUCCCAGGAAUUUCUUGUGUCCAUCAUGGAAACACUAGUCAAAUGAUUUAUCUCUUGGCUAAACUCAACAACUCAUCAAUAGUAGCUCUUCUAGACACUGGAUCCGCUCUUACAAUCGUCUCCGAAACAGUCGCUAGAAAAAUCAAGGCUCAGCUUUCUCAGCCCUUGGUUACAAAAGGUAUCACAGCGAAUGGAUCCUUUAUGGACCUUCUUGGCCAAUUCUCUCCACAUCUUACUAUAGGAAGCAAAACCAUAAGAAUCACUUGCUAUGUCGCUUCGGAUGCCAAUUGUUCUUCUCCGUUCAUCCUAGGCAACGACACAAUCCAACGUUUCACGAAAACUAUGUCAAUCAAUUAUCAUUCCCACACAGUUUCUUUCGAUAAGAAUACUGUCCCAUUCACAACACUAAAUUAUAGCAACCAUGACCUUCUUAAUCUUCCUGUUCAUUUAGUCGAAAACAUUACCCUGCAACCAUUUUCAGACAACAUAGUUAUGGGAACCACUAAUACUAUAUUUCCCCAGCAUUGGGAACUCUUCACCUCUGAUAACCCACUGUAUAACAUACCGAACGGAAUCCACGUAGGCAAAACCCUCUCAUGCCCAAACACUCAGGGAACAAUAUGUUUACGCAUAUUUAAUUCAUAUCCUACCCAAAUUCCUUUACAAAAAGAAAAUCCUAUUGCGAUAGCAGAUUUUGUAGGAGUAGAAAUGCUCUGGGAACCCAUAUUUUCAGUAUAUCAUAAUAAUGCUACUGCCAGUGGAACCCAGCAAAUUAAAGAAUCAUCUGAAUAUAUCCCACCUGAAGCUAACUUUGCUAAAGAAUUACCCCACUUUCCCAACAAUCAAUCCACAGAAAUCGAAAACCGCGUCCAAAUCAAUCAUUCUAUUCUGAAUGAAAAGCAACUUUUUGAUUUCCACAAAUUAUUAGAUAAAUAUCACGAAUGUUUCGUAGGAAAAGAUGGAAACCUU